AUGAUCAAGCAUAUCCUUCUUGCUUCACUCACUGUUGGGGCAUUGGCUCGUCCUGCAGCCUUGUCCGAUAUAAAACGCAGCAAUGUCACUAACCUCAACGUCAAAAUAUCUGUUGCUAACGGGCUCUUGGAUACGCCUACCGAUGGUCGCAUUGUAUUGAUGUUUGCGCCUGCUGGAACUAAUCCUCUCGAUGACACCGAUGUCACUUCAUCACCCAACAAGAUAUUCGGAAAGAACGUGUACGGAUUUGGAUCGGAUAAGGCCGUCACGUUGUCUGGCGGUAGUAACGACAGUACUGCGACUGGAGUCUUUGGUUGGCCAAAUCCCAGUCUUGACAACAUCGAUCCCGGUACCUACAGUGUACAAGCUUUCCUCACCAGAUACGAGACUGUGACCCGCAGCGAUGGAUCCAAAGUCAGCCUCCGCUUUCCAUGCGGCGAUGUUGUCCAACUGACCUUUAACAAUAUCACCGAAGUCCCCAACUUCAAUGGGAAAGAAAUCGGCGGAUGCAACCAGGGCAACUAUGAGGACACAGAAUUUCUCAAACAUAUUAAGAUUCGUAGUAAGAAGCUAAGCAAGUUCUGGGGGCGAGACAUGUAUGUGGGCGCCAACAUCGUACUACCAGCUGGUUAUAAUGCCAAUGACACGAAGACGCGGUAUCCCGUCAUCUACCACCAAAACCACUGGACAGGUGGUUUUGGCGCGUACAAAUAUGGCGAAAACGAAACUUUCACCUCCAUCUGGGACAAAGGUAUCAUCCCAGCCACAGACAGCAAACCCGAACGGCCAGUCCCGAAAUUCAUCACUGUUGCCUUCCGCCACGAAGCACCCUACUACGACGACUCGUACGCCGUCAACACCGCAAAUCUCGGACCCUAUGGAGACGCCCUAAACGACGAACUCCUGCCCUACAUCGACCAAAAAUUCAACACCAUCCGCUCCCCCUACGCCCGCAUCCAAGACGGCGGCUCAACCGGCGGCUGGGAAUCAAUUGCAAACGUAAUCUACCGCCCUGACCUCUUCGGCGCCUGCUUCUCUUCCUACCCAGACUCUCUAUCCUUCUACCGCCACCAAGACAUCGCUCUGUAUACCGCUUCCAACGCAUACACUCGCGACGACGGCACUGCCGUCCCCAGCAUCAGGACCUUCGUCAACGGUACGCAAGUCAUUGAAGCCACCGUCGCAUCCGAAAACCACUGGGAACUCACUUUCGGCACUUCCUCGCGCUCCUUCAACCAGUGGGACGUCUGGAAUGCCGUGUUCGGCGUCCAAGGCUACAAUAACUAUCCGCUUGAGCCGUGGGAUAAGGUGACCGGCGAGAUCUACCCCCACGCUAUUGCGUACUGGAAACAGUUCGAUCUUACUGAAUACAUCAUUGCGAAUUUCAAGUCCAGUCGUAAUCUCGGCACUGCGCUUGCGGACCGGCUUUUCGUCUACGUCGGCUCGUGGGAUACGUAUUUUCUCAAUGAGGGUGUGCAGGAGUUUAGGGAUAGGACGGAUGAGGUAGGUGGGAAGGGUUGGGCGAAUGUUACGAUUUUACCGGAAAAGACGCAUGGGGGCAAUUAUCAGGAUCGGGAUAUUUGGGAGUAUCUGGAGUUGGUGGAGGGAUGGGUGAAGGUGCAUGCGCCGGGGGGUCCCAAGUCGCUUUGUGAAGAGUGUACGGCGCCGUCGACGCGUGGGAAUGUUUGGGAUGAGGUUAUCAAGUACGGUGGUCGCAAUGCUGCGGUUCAGCGCCAGGCAGAUCCCCGGAUUGAGGGUGCCGAUAAAGUCUCUGUAGGUCAGAUAGUGAGAGCCAAUGUUGGGCGCUGGGAUCCGGGUGUCAAGUUGACUGCUCAGUGGAUUCUGAACAGUAAACCUGCGUGUGAAACAUUUGCUGUCAAGCAGGGUGCGAAUGUUACGUACACGCCGACUGCAAAGGGGCAUGUGCAGUUGCUUGUUACGGGCGAGAAGAGGAAUUAUGCCACUGAGACAAGGAAGAGUCAGAGGGUGCUUAUUGGACGCUGAGGUCUCUGGUAGGUGUAUAGAUUAGUACAGAUGGUAUUCCUGUAUCUUCGACGAAGUCAAUGUUUAAUACUCA